UAUUUAAUUAAUGAUUAAAUAUUAUUAAAAAUAUUAACAAUAGGACAAAAAGAUCGAUAAGAAAUUUUACUUCAUCUGAGGACCGUAAUUAUACAUGUGCAGUUUGCAAUAGCUAAGCUAAUCCAGAAACACUCCUCUUGUUGACUAAAAUCCAUGGCGCACGAAAAACCCACCUCCGCCGUCGCCGGCGCCGGCCGCCCCCUGAAAAUCAUAGCAGGAGCCGACGACUUCGGCAGCAGCCUCAAGGAUACGCUCGUGGCGCAGCUCCGCUCCUUCGACAUCGAAGUCGAAGACCUCGGCACCACCAAAUACUACUCCGUCGGCGAAGAAGUCGGCCGCCGAGUCAGCCAAGCAGCGAAAAACACCGAAUCGGCCGUCGAAACACGUGGCCUCGUCGCCUGCGGCACCGGCGUCGGCGUCGCGAUUUUCGCCAACAAGUUCCCCGGAGUCUACGCCGCCACCUGCCUCACCCCUGGCGACGCCCUAAACGCCAGAUCCAUCAGCAACUGCAACGUCCUGGCAGUUUCCGGCAUGUCCACCGCCCCCGAAGCCGCCGCAGAGAUCCUCACCACCUUCCUCAACACACCGUUCAAAUCCCCCUGCCCAGCCUCCGGAUCCAACCCAUGGCCGGAGGAGAUCCAGUCCUUUCUCGACGGAUCCGUCACCGAAAUGUCCAAAAUCGGCGACGAAACUACCACCACCGCCGCCGCCGCCGCCGAUCCGCCGUGUUUCAUUUGCUCAGUGGCGAAAUCGCGGCAGGACAACGAGUUCACUCCGGUGGAUAUAAUGCCCGGAGGAUCGAUGAAGAUUCUCCGAGAAACCCCGACAUCGGCCAUAGUUAGGUUUAAGGCCGGCAGCGUGGAGCCAGCACACCACCAUACAUUUGGGCACGAUCUAGUGGUUACAAAGGGGAGUAAAUGUGUGUGGAAUCUGACCAAAUCGGAGAAGUACGAUUUAGGGAUUGGGGAUUAUUUGUUCACUCCGGCGGGAGACGUACACAGAGUGAAGUAUUACGAAGAUACAGAGUUCUUCAUCAAAUGGGAUGGGCAUUGGGAUUUGUUCCUGGAUGAAGAUAUUGCUUCUGCAAAUGCCGCCAUUGAUAUUCAGAAGAAGUAAAUCAAUCAUCUGCACAUAACAUGUUUGAGAAAACGUCUGUGUGUGUGUGUGUGUGUGUGUGUGUAAUUCUUGUGCUUUGAGUCUUUUGUAUUGAUCUUCAAAGUUGAUGUUUUUUGCAUUAUUCAAUAAAAUCAUGCUUCCUAAAUUUGUAAAUUAGGAUCGAAGGUUAAAUUACGAAAAAAUUCUUCAUGUUUAA